ACUCUUAGCUUAAGAGUAAGUAGACAGCUUAAAUUGACAGCGAUCACAAAUACUAUUGUCACUGUCAAUCGGUGUCACUAUAAAUUUAAUAAUAAUAAAAAUAUUUUAAUUCCAAUUUCAAAACUUUGAAAGUAUAUAUCCAUUAAUCUUAUAAAUAUCAGUUUCAGCUUCAAUAUGUCCAUCUCACCAUUUCUCCGCUCGCCGUUCACUGAUAUCACGGGAGGAAUGAUUUCACACCAGCUAUUGGGUCGCUGUCAACUUGAAGAAGCUCGUUAUAUGGAAUGCCUGGAAGCUUACGGUUUGGAACGUGGCAAAGUCAAGUGCUCCCAUUUAUUUGGAGACUUCCAUGAAUGUCAAACUAUGACUAAACAAUUCAAGAGAUUUGUUGCUAUGAGAAAUGAAAGAGACAAGCAAAUAGCAGAAGGGAAAUUGAAGGGAGAUGAAAAAUAUGUGAACCCAAGAGUGGACAGUUUUUAAGAUUAUUAGAUUCACUAAUCCAAUAAUGUAAUUGUUUAUUAAGUAAAAUAAAAUUAGGAAAUAUUAAA